AUGGCUCCCCGUCUCUCCAACCCCGUAGUCACACUGCGCGUCCUCCGCCGCUAUUACUCCUCCUCCACUGAACCUCUCAUCCGCGUAACGAAUCUCCCCGCUCCCAAUACCGGCCACAUUCGUAUCCUUGAGAUCAACCGUCCGUCAGCACGAAAUGCCAUCUCAAAGGCCCUUCUAGCGAACCUCCGCGCUGAGAUCGAUGCUGUCCACCGCCAAUAUGGUCCCAAUGGCGAGGAAAUGCCCCUCGAGAAGCGCUUCGGUGGUGCGGCGGGUGUAGAUGAGAAGGGCCAUACGAGAGCUGUUGUGCUGGCUAGUGCUGUCGAUACGUCCUUUUGCGCCGGCGCUGAUCUUAAAGAGCGCAGAGGGUUUUCUGCGGGAGAAACCGCUGAAUUCCUCACAAACCUCCGCAACACCUUCACAUCCCUCUCAAACCUCCCCAUCCCCACCAUCUCAGCCAUCUCCUCCGUCGCACUCGGCGGCGGUCUCGAGCUCGCCCUCUCCACCCACUUCCGAGUCCUCAGCUCCAACGCCGCAGUCGGUCUACCAGAGACCCGUCUAGGCAUCAUCCCCGGCGCCGGCGGCACUCACCGUCUCCCGGCCCUCAUCGGCCUCUCCCGCGCGCGCGAUCUUAUCCUGACCGGCCGUCGUGUCGGCGCCCCGGAGGCUUACUUCCUCGGCAUUGCAGAUCGCCUUGUCGAGGUAGUCUCCGAAGAGGGACGCGAUGGCGCCGAGGUUCUUAGUGAGGCGAGAAGAGCGGCCCUCAGUGAGGCUGUGAGACUGGCGCAGGAGAUCUGCGAGGGAGGACCCAUUGGUGUGAGGGCUGGCCUUCAAGCUGUUGCGUGGGCGAGGGAGGAUAUGGAGAAUAAAAUGUACGAGCGAGUUGUCAACUCUGAGGAUAGGAACGAGGCUCUUAAGGCGUUCCAAGAGAAGAGGAAGCCCAUUUUCACUGGCCGAUAA